AUGGCUCCCUCGGCUCCCUCACCAUCGGAUUCUUCCCCUUCAGAACCCCCAAAGGUUCCCGACCCUGCCAAACUGUCAGCUACGGGCCGAUCCAAACUGAGGCGGAGGAUGAGCUUCCUCCAGUAUCGCAGGCAUAAUAACCCCAAAAGCAGCCCCACGUCAGAGAGCCUCAGCGAACAACUCAGAUGCACAUCGCUCUCCGAAGGCCACUCCAAAAAGAGGGUUAAAUCAGAGGGUAACACUGCGUCAACCACGACGACUUCGCCUAACGAAGUAGGCCCUAAUAGGGACAAGAACAACAACCAUGGGUUUCCGUAUCUGCUAUUUGAGCCAGUGUUUCGAGCCGGUAUUCUGAUAUUGGUCACUUCCCCUAGCGGGGAUGUGUCGUUGGGAAUGUGUGAUGGGGAAGGGGCGCAAAAUGGGCUAUCAGAAAAAGGCAGGCCGUUAAAGGAAACAAAAGAGGGGCCAUAG